CAGGAGCUAUGUCGACUGAAGAUGAAUCAAAAGAAGACAAGAAUCCUAAAAUGACACCCCAACAGAUGCUGCUUAAAACUCAGAGUAUUUAUGAAAACCUGGUUCGAAGUUCUCCUAGAAUUGGUUUAAGAAAACAAAAGCUAAGCACCGAAAGCUCUUCACCAGAACUCAACAUUUCCAGAAAGAGGAGAAAAGUUGGCAAAAACCAACUACCGUCAGACAGCAGCCCAGAUGAUUUUGAAGAAAGUCCCCUCAGGAAGAGUCUCUCUCCCAAGUCGCCCAAAAACAAAACGAGAAAGAAGAAGAGCUCUAAACGAGAGUCAAGAGACCCAGAAUCCAGCCCUGUAGCGACGAAUAGGUACACAACAAGGACGGGGAAAGCUAAGAAGAAAAUAUCUUAUGCAGAUUUACCUGAAAUGAUGGAGAGCGAUUCUGACUUUGGCUCACCUAAGAGGAGCAUCACUGAGAACUCCAAUUCUGCCAGCAGCGAUUCGGAGACAGUUAAACGACGUUUCCACCUACGGUCCAGAAAGUUUCGGAACAAAAAGAAACCCCCGCGGAUUGAAGAAGACUCCGAGGAAUCAUCAAACGACGAUAAGCUAAGACCUUCCAGAGUUCAGCCGAUUGAUACUGCCUCUGAAAACGAUAAUGUGCAGCCUGCAGAUAAUGAAUUUGAGAAUAUGAAGAGCAAAAAAGAACAGUCAGAGGAUGACCAGCAUGAGAGUAAUGAAUCUGAAGAAGAGAUGAUUGUUGACAGAAAGAAAAAUACUCCAACGAAACGAAUGCCGAUAUACCUCCAAGACGAAACACCUAAAAUGACCAAAAAUCCGUACGCACGAAAUACUAGUUCGUACUACCGAGAAAGUGGAUACACCUGUAGAACUGACGAUUUUUUAGACGACAAUUUCAUCGCAAGCACUAGCAGCAGCAACGAGUCCGACCCUGACAGCGGUGGAGAGCGAGUAAGGAAGACUGACCCCAAGCGUAAACAGAUUUUAUCUUCGGAUGAUGAUUCAGACACUAUUGUGGAUGGAAAAGAAUCAAACACACCAAGUGAACACGAUGAUGAUGAGGAGGAAAAGAAUAUAACGCUUAGGCGAUCUAGUAGAAAAAGGCCAUCUCGACAAUCCCCAAAGGUUGCAAAGGCUCUAAAAAAAUUGGCGUCAAUGUCAAAGCGAGGGAAGAGGGCAAUAAGCAUUACCUCGAGCGAGUCAGCUAGAGACACGGAAGAAAGUAAUUCGUCGUCAUCAGAUGAAGAAAAAUCACCCGAAAAUUCUAAAGACGAUUUUGUAAACUUUUGCACACAAGACCCCGUGAACAGUAAGCCUAGUCGGUUCCACAACUCCCAGGAGGCAGGGCCCUCGAACAUGGGAAACGGAGGUGAGAAUAAUGGUGACAGGACGGUUGAGAUCAACCUUAAUGACGUACAUGAUGACGUACAUGAUGACGUACAUGAUCGGGAUGACAGGAGCAAGGACAGAGAUGAAAGCGAUCAGGUAGACGGUGAUCAAGGAAAUAACGAGAAAGAUGAUGAUCGAAAUUUUGAUGAAGUACAGGAUAAACUUGUUCAGAUAUUAAGGGAAGGAAAACUAAAUGAACUCCCUAAAGAUACGUCUCCAGAUAAUUACCCAGAUCUUCUCUGUGAAGCUGCUGCUAUCAGUACUCCCAAACUUGUUGGCUAUCUUAUCGAAAAGUUUGGAUUUGAUGUAUUUGAGGCGGAUCAGGCUAAAGUUGGAAGACCUUUAACUCAUGCUAUAAAAGCUGGAAGAGCUGAUAAUCUGCCACCUAUCAUGAUGGAAAUGAGAAGGAAACCCAAAAAGAUUUGCUCGGAGAUUACCGGAUGGUGCGCUCGGGACCUCGUAAAAGGGGAUAUAAGCUGUUUAAAGGCCCUGGGGGACUGGCAAGAAGAAGUUGCGUCCGGACUAUGGGACGAAACAUCUUUUAUGGAGAGGGUUUUACAAAAAAAUGAAGGAAUUAGACGGGUUUUCGGAACGAUUGGCGAGAAUUUAAACACAAUGGCCCUAAAGCACUUAGUCAGCUUGGAACUACCCUCUGAAUGUUAUGCUCCUUCCAUGAUUAUCUCAAAAUGUUUGCAACAAUCCGAUAGGUGGAGCGAGGAUGAGGAUUUCUGCAGGAUGUUCCUGACAACGGUGCUUGAUUGUUUUAAUAAGGAAGAGGUUAUUGAAAAACCCCAUAAAGAUGACAAAGAUGACUUUGCCUUGACUCCACUGAUGCGAGGCGCGCAGUAUGAUCUGCCAGCCGCCGUAAAGUUUCUUCUUGAAGAAGGAGCAAAUCCAUUAACACCUUCAGAAGAUGGAACUGCACUUCAUAUAGCGGCUGCACAUGGUCACACGAGGUGUGCUGAAAUAAUCCUUCGUAAAGAAGGACAAACUCUCUCAGAAAUCCAUGGUUCGGAUUCAGGAUGGACUCCAGUGAUGAACGCAGUUUUCCAUGAUCACUGGGAGACUGUAGACAUGAUGCUGUCUAUAAAUCUGUCUCAGAACAACGAAUCUAAAAAGCUGCUGAAUGUCAUCAGUAGUCUUAGACAUAAAACGUACAGAAAAAGAGAUCGAAAGAAAAAAGAGAAGAACUUCGGUAUGAUACAGAAAUUAAUCACACAUGUGGCUGAAAGCGACCAACUACGACACUUGUUGAAUGACCUUGUUACGAGCAUUGAUGAUCGAACUCUGUCCGAUUUUAUUUUGGAGGAACUGAUGCAGUACCCUGGUCUUGUAUCCACAGGUGUUAAGGUCAGAUAUAUUAGGUCUCGCUGUUCUUUCAUGAAUUUUGGAGCCCUAAGAGAGAUCCGGCGAGACGAUCUACUGCAAGAUGUACUUUCUCAGAGACAUAAAAUUGAAGGGAGAACAAGUAUAUCAGCUACCUUCAGAAACGAGCCCGCAGGUGGGCCAGGCCCAACGAAGGAGUUCUAUCAGCUGUUUAGUCAAAGUGUUGUAGAUAAUCACUUGUUCAAGUCAAAUGAGGAUGGAUUCUUGAAGUUUACUUGCUUACUUCUCCUUUACAAGAACAUCAACAACAAGCAAAACUAUGCUCAGUUUAAAGUCUUGUAUAAUUUAGUGGGACAGAUGUUGGCUAGAGCAGUACUGAACAACGUACCCUUGGGCCUCAACUUAGCCGAAUACAUUUACAAAUUUGUGUUAAAUGAACGAAAAAACGUGCUGCUUGAUCUGGAAAGAACCGAUAAAAGCUUAUUUAAUUCAAUCAACGAAGUAGAACCUAAGGAUUUUCGUGAGUUGGAGCUUGAACUUUUUGAAACCAUUAUGGAUCCCUUUACCAAGGAAGCUAUCGUAGUUCCACUAUCCACUGUCAACACCGGAGAAUUUGAAACUGAUAAGAAUCGUUAUAUGGUACUAAAAGGGAGGGCUCUUUACGAUUUUCCAAACCUGGAGCUGAAAGAGCUAAAGGCGGGAUUCGACAGGAUAUUCCCAUCCAAAUUUAAGGAACUACUUACUGCUAGAGAAUUGGGUGCACUUAUUUGUGGGGAGCUAACAUUGAACCUAACUGAUUGGAUGAAUAAUACUAAUCACGAAAGGAUUACACAGGAAACUAAGACAAAUUUCUGGAGAUGUGUCGAGAGUUUCAGCGCUGAGGAUAGACAAUCUCUGCUACAUUUUGCUACUGGAUUGUCGAGCCUCCCCUCUGGUGGUUUCGCUUAUCUCUCCAAGAAGUUUACCCUGGUCUCUGGUUAUGGUGAGAUGGACACUAGCCUACCUACUGCUGCCACCUGUUUUAACCAACUGUCCUUACCUCCGUACUCUUCUCAGGAGAUCAUGAAGAAACAAUUGUUAAUAGCUAUCCGCUACGGCUCCAAGGGAUUCGUUUUCAGCUAAAAUUUUGCAGUUUAUCGUCGAGAAUUGGGAAUUGUUGUCACAAUCAGAGUUGAAAUUGUACUUUUGAGAGAAAUUAAGAAUUCACAGAUGAUUUAGAAUACAAGUCAACUUCAAAGAAUGAUCAAUUACCAAACCAUGGUGUUGCUUAGCACAAAAUGGUACGCGGCCUAAGCCUUGGAAACAAAUUAAUUGUUGGUAGCUGUGAUGGGCUCCUCGUGCAGAAAUACAUGAAUAUCUUCCUCCUUGCUGACACUUGUGUGAGCUUGGAGAAGCAUCACGAGCGGGCGUUGCCAGGUAACUGGCUAUCCUGUGAAUGGAAGCUUGUAUUAAAAAAUUCGACUUCAAGGAACGUUAGAAAACGCUAGUGCUAGAUUGAAAAUUCGUUAAAAAUUCGUUAAAUAAGUUCUGAUAAUUUUGUUUUUAUAAUAUAUUUAUCAAAUUGUACAAGUUUUAAUCAGAGUUUAGAGACUCAUAGAUUUUAUAAUGAAGUCUGAUCGUAGUAGUCCCAUUACCUUAGUAUUGCUGUUCCACUACUAAAACUCAUAGAUUUUGUUGAAUACGUCCUGCUAUCGAUAUUGAUUAUAAAUACAUUACAUUGAAUAGAAAUUAGUUGCAUUAUUAUCGCAUGCAUCGAAAUAUAUAGAUGGCUUUUUUUGAAGCAGGUAGAGAGCUUUUGAAAACUCAAAUAGCAACGAAAACCUAUGAAAUGUAAUGUAAUAGCUGCAGUAUACAGGAGAAAUCAUCAGUUAUUUAGUAUUAUUUAUUUUAUGAAAAUGACAGAAGGGUUUCAUAUAUGAAUGAUUGGGAACGAUUUUUAUUUAUCUUGACAGUUGUGAUGUGGAUAUAAAAUAGUUUUCUGAAGUUCUUGUCCUAAUUGC